AUGGCGGAGGCUCCGAGAAAGAAAUCGAAAACGUAUCAUUUCCAUGAGGAAUGGGAAGAGGAAUUUAUUUUCACCAUGGUGAAAGACAAGUGUGUUUGUAUGCUGUGCCACCAAACUCUAGCGCUGUCUAAAAGAGGAAACCUGGAGCGGCACCACAACACCAACCACGACAAAUUCAAAGACAGUUUCCCCGGCAAGAGCGCAAUCCGCGCUAGGAAAGUUGCUGAGCUGAAAGCGGGGUUGAAGGCCCAGCAGUCGCUUUUCACAAAACCUGCUACUCAAAAUAAGGCCGUAACUGAAGCUUCAUUCCGUAUUAGUCACCUUUUGGCUAAACACAAGAAGCCUUUUACAGAUGGUGAUUUAUUCAAGGAGGCAAUGGCCAUCACUGCAGAGACGGUUUUCAACGGCUUCAAAAACAAAGACGACAUCAAAACUGCGCUCCGCAGUGUCCAGCUUGGGCCCAAUACAGUGGCGAGGAGGGUCGAGGAAAUGUCAGGGGACGUGGAUCGACAAGUGCUAAAAGACUUGUCACACUGUGAAUAUUUUUCACUACAGUUUGAUGAAUCCCUGGAUGUAAUGGACACAGCUCAGCUUGUUGUAUUUGUUAGGAUGGCGUUCCCGGACUCUACAACAAAAGAGGAUCUCCUUACUCUUUUGCACUUAAAGGAGAGAACGAGAGGUGAGGAUAUUUACAACGCGUUUAAAAAAUAUGUUCGCGAUAAUGACAUCCCGAUUCACAAACUGGUGGCAAUUACAACUGAUGGAGCCCCAGCGAUGCGUGGUGUGCGCGCUGGAUUUAUUGCUCUGUGCCGUAAUGACCAGGAUUUUCCUGACUUCGUGAAUUACCACUGUGUCAUUCACCAGCAGGCCUUGGCGGGGAAGGCCGUGAACUUUUCUCAAGUGAUGACUCUGGUGGUUAAACUGAUCAACUCGAUUAGAGCAAAAGCGCUUCAGCACCGCUUAUUCAAGGCGUUAUUGGAUGAGCUCGAUGCCGCGUACGGAGACCUACUCCUCCACGCUGAUGUCCGGUGGUUGAGUCGCGGCAAAGUGCUGCAGCGAUUUGUCGAUUUGCUGCCCGAGAUAAAGACUUUUCUGGAGACAAGGAACGAGGAGCAUGAGGAGCUGUCAGAUGAUCAGUGGCUGCUGGACCUGGGGUUUCUGACAGACCUGACAGCAAAACUGAACGCACUGAACAACGAGCUCCAGGGGAAAGACCGACACCUGCCCCACAUGAUAAGCGCAGUGAAUGCGUUCAAGGCCAAGCUCGGUGUUUGGAACACACAGCUGAAAAACGGGAGGCUGACACACUUUCCCAACCUGGAGAAAAUGUCACAGGCCAUCGGUGACAAGGACGCUUUUCACCCUGAGCAGUACUGUGUUCACCUGGACAAAGUGGCAGCAGAGUUCAGUCGGCGUUUUGCUGAAUUAGACGUCAUGGAAGAUGUUGCUGCAUUCGUCUUAAACCCAUUCCUGACCAUCGAUGUGGAACAGGUAUCAGGCAAAUUUCAGCAGGUAUUUGCUCUGCCUAGUGGGGUUGACAUGGAGAUGGUUGAUUUGCAAAAUGACAUUGAGCUGAAAGCAAGAGCACGGGACAGUAACUUUUGGGGAAUUGUCAGCAGGGAGAAGUUUCCCCUCCUCACCUCAUGUGCACUAAGAGUGAGUGCCUACUUUGGGUCCACUUACCUCUGUGAAAUGGCAUUUUCACAGAUGAAAAUAAUUAAAUCAAAGUACAGGAGCCACCUUACUGACAAACACCUCACAGACUGUCUCAGACUAGCUGUCAGUAGCUAUGAGCCAAACUACAAAGCACUCACAGACAGUAUUCAGUCACAGCCAUCUCACUAA